UAGGACAUGUGUCACCCAACACUUUAUGGCAAAAUACUCAUAUUUUGCAUAAUGGAAACCGAGCAGUGGAAAGCAGUUUAUUUACAGAUGUGUGACUAGCAAAGAAAGGGGAGCAAAAUGAGCUGGGCUUUGGAAGAAUGGAAAGAAGGCCUGCCCACAAGGGCCCUUCAGAAAAUUCAAGAGCUCGAAGGACAGCUGGACAAGCUGAGGAAAGAAAGGCAGCAACGGCAGUUUCAGCUGGAGAGUCUGGAGGCUGCACUGCAGAAGCAAAAGCAGAAGGUCGAGAAUGAAAAAACAGAGGGCACAAACCUGAAAAGGGAGAAUCAGAGCUUGAUGGAAAUAUGUGAAAAUCUGGAGAAGGCUAAGCAGAAGAUUUCUCACGAACUUCAAGUCAAGGAGUCACAGGUGAAUUUCCAAGAGGGACAACUGAGUUCAAGCAAAAAACAAAUAGAAAAACUGGAACAAGAGCUUAAAAGGUGUAAAUCUGAACUUGAAAGAAGCCAACAAGCUGCACAGACUGCAGAUGUCUCUCUGAAUCUGUGCAGUACACCACAGAAAAUUUUUCCAACUCCACUAACACCAAGUCAGUAUUACAGCGGUUCCAAGUACGAAGAUCUGAAAGAGAAAUAUAACAGGGAAGUGGAAGAGCGAAGAAGGUUGGAGGCGGAAGUGAAAGCUUUGCAGGCAAAGAAAGUGAGCCAGGCUGUUCCACAAAACACCAUGAAUCACCGGGACAUCGCCCGGCACCAGGCCUCGUCAUCUGUCUUCUCAUGGCAGCAAGAAAAGACCCCAAGUCGCCUUUCUUCCAACGCUCUGCAAACUCCGAUGAGGAGAGACUUCUCUGCAUCUCACUUUUCCGGGGAACAGGACGUGACGCCGAGUGGAUCGACUCUGCAAGUAGGGAAGAGAGAUGCCAAUGGCAGCUUCUGUGAUCCCUCUAGCAACCCUCAUCUUUUGGAUCAAUUAAAAGCCCAGAAUCAAGAGCUAAGGAGCAAGAUCGGUGAGUUGGAACUACGCCUGCAAGGACAAGAAAAAGAAAUGAAAAGCCAAGUGAAUAAAUGGCAAGAGCUGCAGCUCCAACUGGAGAAAGCGAAAGUGGAAUUGAAUGAGAAAGAAAAACUUUUGAAUAAAAGUAGGGAUGAACUAGUGAGAACCACAGCGCAGUGUGACCAGGCGGCAACCAAGUGUACUGCACUGGAGCAGAAGCUGAAAAAACUGACCGAAGAUCUGAGCUGUCAGAGACAAAAUGCAGAGAGUGCCAGAUGCUCUCUGGAACAGAAACUCAAGGAAAAGGAGAAGGAGUCUCAAGAGGAGCUGUGCCGUCAGCAGCGCUCCUUCCAGACUCUGGACCAGGAGUGCACUCAGAUGCGAGCCAGGCUCACGCAGGAGCUGCAGCAGGCCAAGAACGCGCGCAACCUGCUGCAGGCCGAGCUGGACAAGGUCACAUCAGGAAAGAACCAGCUAGAAGAAAAACUGGAAGAGUUGAAGCAAAAUUCCCGCCGAACGGAACAGGCUUUGCAGGCGAGUCAGACGAAGGAGGAGCAGCUGCGGAGGAGCAGCGAGGAAAUGAAGAAGGAAAACAACUUCCUUAGGAGCCAGUCUGAGCAAAGUGCCAGAGAAGUCUGCCACCUGCAGGAGGAACUGAAGAAGACCAAGCAGUGUUUGAGUCAGAGCCAGAGUUUUGCAGAAGAAGUGAAGGCUAAGAAUACUUCUCAGGAAACCAUGUUGAGAGAUCUUCAAGAAAAAAUAAAUCAGCAAGAGAAUUCCUUGACUUUAGAGAAACUGAAGCUCGCCCUGGCUGAUCUGGAAAAGCAGCGUGAUUGUUCUCAAGACCUUCUGAAGAAAAGGGAACAUCACAUUGAACAGCUGAACGAAAAGUUAAGCAAAACAGAGAGAGAGUCCGAAGCUUUAUUGAGUGCUUUGGAGGUAAAAGAGAAAGAAUUUGAAGAACUGAAAGAAGAGAAAACUCUGUUUUCUCAUUGGAAAAGUGAAAAUGAACAACUGAUCAAGCAGAUGGAAGCAGAAAAGCAAAGCUUGCAGAGUAAAAUUAAUCAAUUGGAAUCUUGUCUUAAGACACAAAAAAUAAAAAGCAGCGAGUACAACGAGAGAGUGAGCACAUUGGAGAUGGAAAGAGAAAACCUAAGCGCUGAGGUGAGGAACCUUCACAAUGUGAUCGACAGCAGGACUGCAGAAGUAGAGGCUCAGAAACAAGCUUAUGCCGAACUGCAGCAGAAAGCCGAGUUCUCGGAUCAGAAACACACAAAGGAAGUGGAAAAUAUGUGUUUGAAAGUUUCUGAGCUUACUGGGCAAGUGGAAGAUCUAAAGCACAAACUUCAGUUACUGUCAAAUGAAAUAGCGGACAAAGACCAGCGUUACCAAGACCUACAUGCAGAACAUGAGAGCCUGAGGGAUCUGCUAAAAUCCAGUGGUUCUUUGGUGGCAAAUGAGGCUCAUCACAGAAGUCUUUUGACUUUUGAGCAGCAGUCUGCAGUGAAUAAUUCCUUGACAGAUAUUCUCAGAGAACAAGGAAGCUUGCCUUCAGAAAGGAGUGAUGGCCAUGCAGAAGCAGACCAAAGUCUAAAAAAUUCAGCCAUCUUACAAAACAGAGUCAUUUCUCUUGAGUUUUCAUUAGAGUCUCAAAAGCAGAUGAACUCAGAUCUGCAAAAGCAGUGUGAAGAGUUGGUGCAAAUUCGAGGAGAAAUAGAAGAAAACCUGGUCAAAGCAGAACAGAUGCAUCAGAGUUUUGUGGCAGAAACAAGUCAACGCAUUACCAAGUUACAGGAAGACACGUCUGUCCACCAGAAUGUUGUUGCUGAAACUUUAGUUGCCCUGGAGAACAAGGACAGAGAGUUGCAGCUUUUGAAUGAGAGGUUAGAAAGCGAGCAAGCAGAGAUUCAAGAAUUGAAACAGAGCAACCAUUUACUUCAAGACUCUCUAAAAGAGCUGCAACUUUUGUCUGAAACUCUGAGCUCAGAGAAAAAGGAAAUGAGUUCCACCCUUUCCCUAAAUAAAAAGGAAAUUGAAGAGCUGACCCAAGAGAAUGGGACUCUCAAGGAACUCAAUGCAACCUUAAAUCAAGAGAAGAUGGACUUACUCCAAAAAAGUGAGAGUUUUUCACAGUGUGUAGUUGAAAGGGAAAAAAGUAUUUCAGAGUUAUCUAGUCAGUAUGAGCAAGAAAGGCUCAUUUUACUACAAAGAUGUGAAGAAACAGGAAAUGCACUUGAAGAUCUUAGUGAGAAAUACCAAGCAGCACAAGAAAUGAACUCCACGUUGGAAUGCAUGCUAAAUGAACACACAAGUGUUUGUGAAGAUAGGAAAAAUGAGUUGGAACAGCUAAAGGAAACAUUUGCAAGGGAACACCAAGCACUUGUAACAAAAUUAGCUUCAGCUGAAGAAAGAAACCAGAACCUAAUACAAGAGUUGGGGUCACUGCAGCAAGAUCUGAGAGCUGAGAUGACAGAGGUUCAAAACAAUUCCAAGAGCGAGGCUGACGGUUUAAAGCAAGAGAUCGCGACUUUAAAGGAAGAACACAGCAAAAUGCAAAAGGAAGCGAGUGCCUUAUUACAAGAGAGUGAGCAACUGACGAAGUUAAUGAAGACAAACCGUGAGCAUCAAAAUCUAGAAUGGGACCCAGCCUGUGACUCUGUGACAGAAAGAGACAGCGAGAUAAAGACAUGUCAUGUUCAACUUCCAAUGGAGCUUGAAGUUAAAGCUACUCCUUUAGACAGUCAUGAGGCACAGCUAGAACAGUUAGAAGCUAAGAUAAGAAAUACGGAAUUACAACUUGAGGAAAGCGAGAAGGAGAAGAAGCGCCUACAGCAUGAAUUACAGAAAAUGAGAAGAGAAUUCGAAUCUGGAAAUUUGCAACGAGACAUUCAACCACAAGAAAUCAGUGGCCUUCAAGACUGUGGGGCAGACACAGAGGAACAGUACAUGUCCAUGCUUCAUGAGCUGUCAACAAGUCAGAGUGACAAUGCACAGCUGCAGUGCUGUCUACAGACGGCAAUGACCAAGCUGAAUGAGCUCGAGACCAUGUGUGACAUGCUGCGCGGUGGGAAGUUUGAAGUCAUGUCUGAGCUGAAUGACUCAGGAUCAGAACGCAUCACAGCAGCUGCUAAAGUGGCAGAAGGUGUUGAGGAACUGGCCAGUGAAGUUAACACAUUAGAUGAUAAAAAUGGGCACUGCCAAGACGUAGUGGAAGAAAUGCCAGACGGUGAGCCUAGUGGACAAGAAAAGGCAGAGGUUUCUGCGUCCUCAUAUCCUUCGGACGACAGUAACGUCUAUGAGUGCUUGACACUGUCGAAUGAAGAAGUUCGAACGCAGUUUGCCGAACUGCAGGAGAAAUUCUCAUCCUUACAAAGCGAGCACAAACUUCUAUACGCGCAGCACAGCCUCAUGAGCUCCAAGAUGUCAGCGCUGCAGUCCUACGUUGACACUUUAAAGGCAGAAAACUCGGCCUUGUCACUGAGUCUGAGAAACUCGCCAGGUGACUCAGGAAAGGAGGGGAAGAUGGAACUCGGAGAGGGGCAUUCACUUUCGCUGUCGUUCUCUUGUGUGGCUGACAGCCCUAGUCUUACAGGUCUGGGAGAACUGUCAUUUUGCAAAGAUCUAUCAGAACAGACACGAGAAUCAUCCCUUUUGAAUAGUUCAGAAGUGAAUGUUUCUGCAAACCAGUCUAACUUAGAGGAGGUAUCAUGCAGCAGUCUGGAGGAGGAGGAUCUGCCCAAGAACGCAGUCCCAUCAGCCCCGGAGAGAAGUGUGGAAGAACUUGAGAUCCUCUGUCAGAUCUACCUGCAGUCCCUCAAGAAGCUGGAAGAGAAAAUUGAAAGUCAGGAGAUCAUGAGAAAGAAGGAGAUUGAAGAGCUUGAACAGUUGCUCGGUUCUGAAAGGGAAGAACUCGACAGCCUCAGGAAGCAGCAUUUGUCGGAGAGCGAACAGUGGCAGCAGAAGCUGGCAAGCGUGACGGCAGACAUGGAGUCCAAGUUGGCGGCAGAAAAGAAACAGUUGGAACAUCUGUCACUGGAGCUCGAAGUAGCCCGACUCCAGCUGCAAGGUCUGGACUUAAGUACCCGAUCUUUGCUUGGCACUGACCUUGAAGAUGCUGCUCAGGAUGGAAACGAUAGCUGUGACACACACGAAUCCGAAGUCAAAGAGAGAACACCCGAGCAGGACAUCCGUCCGAGUCGUGAAAAGGAUGUUGAGCAGGACCAGAGUCUGGGGGUGGAGAAAAUCACCGCGGCCGGGGCACGUUCUCAGGAGCGGCCCCCAGAAACCAGUGCUGAGUCCACACUGGGAGACAAAGCCCAGCACUUCCCAGAAUGCAUUUCCGAGUCAUCACUUUCUGGUCCUAAUGCUUUGGUACCUAUGGAUUUUCUAGAUUCUCAGCUAACCACUCAGGAUCUCCAACUGGAAGAGACAUCGAAUGAGAAUUUGGAAGUACUUCCUGUCACUGAGGAACGUGACAAAAAUGUUGAAAUUUUGCUAAGCGAGAUAAAAGAGUUAGAUUCCAAACUCAGUUUACAGGAAGUACAACUACCAGCCAACGUUGGAACAUGCAGAGAAUCGGGGAAAUCAGUGGAGGAACUUAAGAAAGAAAAAUCAGAUUUAAUGGAAAAAAUGGAAUCCUUUUGUGAUAACCCAGAGCUCCACCAGAGAGUAGAAAGGCUGGGAGGCCUCAACGCUAGUUUAGAAACAGGCACAGUGCAGUUGUCACCGGAAGUCCCUGCAGGGAACACAGCCCAGGUGAACAGCCAGUGGAGAGAGAGGUGCAUCGACGUGGAGAAGGAGCUGCAGAGGGUCCAGUCUGAGAAAGGCAGCGCGGAGCAGCACGCCCGCUCUCUGGAAGCCGACUUAGGGAGAGUCCAAGCGGAGAAGCUGCAUUUAGAACAAGACAGUGAAACAAAGCAGCGAGUUAUCAGCUGUCUUGAGGAAGAACUCUCCAUCGUCUCAAGUGAGAGAACCCGGCUUCGUGGAGAACUGGAGAUGCUGUCGAAAGAAAACAAAGAACUGGACCUGACGUCUGAGAAGAUGAGGGAGGAAAUCCGGGAGCUGGAAGCUCACCGCGGGGAGCGUCAGCAGCACGUGGACCUGCUGGAGGCCGAGCUGAAGGACAAGUCACAGCUGCUUCAGACUCUGUCCGCCGACAACGCCCGCCUCCAGGCGCAGCUGCAGAGUUUGGAGGAGGACUCGCAGGCGCUGUCUCUGGGAAAGGGGGACCUGGAGACCCAAAUCGGACAGUUGAAGAACGAGAAGGAAGUGCUGGCGAGGGAAUCCGAAAGCCUGCAGACCAGGCUGGGUGACUUGGAGCAGGAGAAGCUGACCGUGGCCAGGGCCUUGGAGGCCGCAGUGAUGGAGAAAGGCGAGGUCGCCGGGAGGCUGAGCUCAACCCGGGACGAGGUGCAGCAGCUGCGCAGCGGCAUGGAGAGACUGCGCGUCCGCAUUGAGGCCGACGAGAGGAAGCAGCUCCACGUCCUGGAGAAACUGAAAGAGAGGGAGCGCGAGAAGGACGCGCUUCAGGAUAAAGUGGAGACGCUCGAGAGGGAGUUGCAGGUGGCGGAGGAAAACCAAGAGGCGCUGAUUCUCGAUGCGGAAAAUUCCAAAGCAGAGGUGGAGACUCUAAAAACGCAAGUAGAACUGAGCACCGAACGCCUGGAAGCUUUAGAAUUAAACCUCGGCUCGGCAAGGUCUGAAAAAGAAAAUCUGACCAAGCAGCUACAGGAAACACAGGGUCGGGUGUCUGAAUUAGACGCGUUGAUCUCUUCAUUUAAAAGCCUAUUAGAAGAAAAGGAGCAAGAAAAAAGACAGAUGAAGGAAGAAUCUAAAGCUGCGGUGGAAAUGCUUGAAGCAGAAUUGAAAGAGCUGAGUGAGGAGGUGGCGGCCUUGUGUGAUGACCGAGAACCCGGGAAGGUCGGGGAACAGAGCCUGGGCUCCCCAGUGGGGGGCGUGCACCAGCUGAGAAAUCGCAUUGAAAAGCUGAAGGUCCACCUAGAAACUGCUGAAAAGCAGCAGCAGGAGACUAAGCACCGUGCAGAUUUGCUUAAGGACAGAGUGGAGAACCUGGAAAGAGAAUUAGAGAUGACAAGAAAAAACCACGAGCUUGUGAUUCUGAAGGUGGAGAACUCCAAAGAGGAGGUGGGGGCCCUCAAAGCAAAAAUAGAGGCGAUGGCCCCAAAUCUGAGAGAUUUGGAAUUAGACCUUGUCAACACAAGGUCAGAAAAAGAAAAUCUGACAAAAACGUUACAAAAAGAGCAAGGACGAGUGUCUGAAUUAGAAACAUUAAAUUCUUCAUUUGAAAAUCUGUUACAAGAAAAAGAGCAGGAAAACGUUCAGCUGAAAGAAGACUCGAAAAUCUCCGAGCAGAGGCUUCAAACACAAUUAAAAGAGCUACAGGAGAAAGUGACCGCCCUGUGUGAUGAUCAACAGACCUGGAAGGCCAAAGAACAGGAUCUGAGUGGUCAAGUAGAUUAUCUUGAACAUGAGAAGUCUCAGUUGCUGCAAGGACUUGACGAAGCCAAAAGUAAUUACAUCAUGUUGCAGUCCUCUGUAAACGGCCUCCUUCAGGAAGUAGAAGAUGGCAAACAGAAACUCCAGAUGAAGGACGAAGAAAUCAGUGUACUGAAAAAUCAAGUCCAAGACCGAGAGCAACUUGUCUCGAAACUGUCCCAGGUGGAAGAGCAACAAGUUUGGAAGAAGCAAAAAGCAGAACUGGAAAAUCUGAUGGUGGAAAUGGAGCAGAAGAUCCAAGAGCUGCAGUCCAAAGAAGACACUUUGCAGGACACCUUUGAGGCACUGCAGACUUCUUACAAGGACCUGGAGAAAGAGCUUGAAUUGACAAAAAUGGAAAAAAUAUCCUUUGUUGAAAAAGUAAGCGCACUGACUUCGAAGGAAACUGAGCUGCGGAGGGAAAUGGACGAGAUGGUGCAGAAAAUGUCGGAGCUGAAGGAAGAAUUCAGUGGGGAGAAAAAUAGGCUAAUUGAAGAAUUAAAUUUAAUGUCAGAAGAAUUCAAGAACAGCAAAAGUCAAUUGAAGGAAUUCAUGCUAGAAAACAGUGAAUUGAAAAGGAGCUUGGAUAGCAUACACAAAGACCAGAUGGAAAAGCAAGAGAAAAUGAGAGAAGAAAUAGCCAAAUAUCAGCUACUGCUUCAGGAAGCUGAAAAGAAACACCAAACUUUGCUUCUGGAUACAAACAAACAGUAUGAAAUGGAAAUCCAGACAUAUCGAGAGAAGCUGACUUCUAAGGAAGAAAGUCUCAGCUCCCAGAUGGUGGAGAUCAAUCUCUUGAAGUCCAGUAAAGAGGAACUCAAUAAUUCUUUGAAAGCAACCACUGAACUUUUGGAAGAACUGAAGAAAACCAAGACGGACAGUCUAAAACAUGCCAAUCAGCUGAAGAAGGAAAAGGAGCGUGCCCAGGGGAAAAUAAAGCUGUUGAUCAAAGCCUGUAAGCAGCUGGAAGAGGAGAAGGAGCUGCUGCAGAAAGAGCUGUCUCACCUUGAAGAAGCUGCGCGCGAGAAACAGAAAUCAGGUGCUGUCGGGGAUGCCAGCGUAGAUGACUUAAGGGCCGAGGUGAAAGAGCUGACGGAGACCCUGGAAGAGAAGAGCAAGGAGGCAGACGAAUACCUGGAUAAGUACUGCUCACUGCUCAUCAGCCACGAGAAGCUGGAGAGAGCCAAGGAGAUGCUAGAAGCACAAAUUGCUUGUCUACGUUCACAGCCAUCUCAGCCAAAUGUCCAGAGUCCUCCUUUGCCCCAGUCAGGUGUCCCGGGAUCGUCUCCAGUCCCUUCUGUUACUGAAAAGCAGGAGUCAUCCGGCCAGAGUAAACCUUCGGGCAAGAGGCAGAGGCCCCGUGGGAUCCGGGAGAGCGGGGGAGAGACGGCUCCUUCUACACCAGACACGCUUCCUAAAAGAAGCCGGAAGGCGGUCAGAAGUGGGGCUCACCCUGCAGAGGACGCCGAGGACGCUGGGUUUGAGCCCGAGGGGCUUCCAGAAGUUGUAAAGAAAGGGUUUGCUGAUAUCCCAACAGGAAAGACAAGUCCCUAUGUCCUUCGAAGAACAACCAUGGCGACGAGGACCAGCCCCCGCCUUGCUGCCCAGAAGUUAGCACUGUCCCCACCGAAUAUCCACAAGGAAAACCACCCCGAGACCACCAAGCUAGCAGCUGGUGGCAGCAGGUCGCAAAAGGUCAAGGUCGCUCAACACAGCCCCGCGGAUUCAGGCGCCGUCUCCCAGGAGCCCGCCACGAGACCGCUCUCCGCCAGCAACCCUCCUAAGAGACGUUCGACUGGCAGCCCCAGAGACGGCCUGAGGUCCAAGCAAGGCCGGCUCCCCCCCAGCCCCGAAGCUGGCAUCAAGUCCAGUGACAACUGUCGGGUCCAGUAGAAGAGACCUGUGUGUCCUGGACCCUGGCAGGGGCCACAGGUGACCAGCAAGCAGUGUGCCGACAGGGACUUGCCUUUCGUCACUGACACGUCGGCCGUGGGAAGACAGCGAUUCCUGGUCAAUGUAACUGUAUAGUAUCUCUGACCCUCCCAUUAGAAGUGCUAAGAGGCUGGAAGCCCUGUCCACCUGUCCCUGCUGAUGCCCCUCUCCGGGGCUGUACAGUGUAUGUAGAAAGCUUUUUGGUAGCGUUUCCCUUGACUGGUAAGCAUUAUAUUGUAACUUCUGUUUGUGUGUGGAUUUUACACUAAAGAUGCCGAACAUUAUGUACUUCCAAUCAAUGGCUCCCAGGAAAAUGUGCACGGGUCUUGUGCUGUCUCCUGUGACAGCGUGAGAUAAGUCGUUCUAGAUGGAGAAUUCCUUCGAGCCGAGCGGAAGGAAGGGAGCCUGUGGCAUUUGUCUUUAAGGAAAACAUGCCCACGUGGCCGUGUCCGCCCUUCUCGUCCAGUGUGUUUUCUAACCUUUGCUUGUGCAACAUGUACAUAUUUGUGUGUGGUGGUGGUGGGCGUUGUGUGUUUAUUUC